GUCUCCUAUAAGCUAUACGCCGACGACUUAAAGGUGUUCUGUCGACUGACUCCAGAGACCAGCGUGCUCCUACAGCGGACGGUUGACGGGGUUUCUCACUGGUGCUAUCUGAAUGACCUCGGUGUCACCAUCACUCCCACGCUCGACUUCUCCGCUCACAUCGCCGACACACUGCUCAUCGCCUCUCGUCUCACGGGCACAAUCAUGCGUAGUUUUAUUGUCAGAGACCCGACAUUUUACAUUCAUCUCUAUAGGUCACUUAUCCUCCCGCGCCUCACAUACUGUUGCGAAAUCUGGAGGCCCUACCUCAAGAAGGAGAUAAAGGCACUCGAUCGGUUGCAAAACAGUUUUAUUCGACGAGUGGCAUAUCGUUGUGAUGUUGAUAGGGAGACCAUCGCUCUAGAGAGUCAAUCUUGA